AUGGCCAAGAACCAGAAGGACAGGAAUAGCUGGGGUGGGUUUUCAGAAAAGACAAAUGAGUGGAGCUUAGAAGAGGAGGAACCAGUGAAAAAGGCAGGACCAGUCCAAGUCCUUGUUGUCAAAGAUCACCAUUCUUUUGAGUUAGAUGAAACUGCACUAAAUCGAAUCCUUCUCUCAGAGGCUGUCAGAGACAAGGAGGUUGUUGCUGUAUCUGUGGCUGGAGCAUUUAGAAAAGGAAAAUCAUUCCUAAUGGAUUUCAUGUUGAGAUACAUGUACAGCCAGGAAUCAGUUGAUUGGGUUGGAGAUUACAAUGAACCAUUGACUGGUUUUUCAUGGAGAGGUGGGUCUGAACGAGAGACUACAGGAAUCCAGAUAUGGAGUGAAGUCUUCCUUAUCAAUAAACCUGAUGGUAAAAAGGUUGCAGUGCUAUUGAUGGAUACUCAGGGAACUUUUGAUAGUCAAUCAACUUUGAGAGAUUCUGCCACAGUAUUUGCCCUUAGCACAAUGAUCAGCUCUAUACAGGUAUAUAACUUAUCCCAAAAUGUCCAGGAGGAUGAUCUUCAGCACCUGCAGCUUUUCACUGAGUAUGGCAGACUGGCAAUGGAGGAAACAUUCCUAAAGCCAUUUCAGAGUCUGAUAUUUCUUGUUCGAGACUGGAGUUUCCCAUACGAGUUUUCAUAUGGAUCUGAUGGUGGCUCCAAAUUCCUGGAAAAACGCCUCAAGGUCUCAGGGAACCAGCAUGAAGAACUACAGAAUGUUCGAAAACACAUCCAUUCCUGUUUCACCAAAAUUUCCUGUUUUCUGCUACCUCAUCCUGGCUUAAAAGUAGCUACCAAUCCAAACUUCGAUGGAAAACUGAAAGAAAUAGAUGAUGAAUUCAUCAAAAACUUGAAAAUACUCAUUCCUUGGCUACUUAGUCCUGAGAGCCUAGAUGUUAAAGAGAUCAAUGGGAACAAAAUCACCUGCCGAGGCCUGGUGGAAUACUUCAAGGCUUAUAUAAAGAUUUAUCAAGGUGAAGAAUUACCACAUCCCAAAUCCAUGUUACAGGCCACAGCAGAAGCUAACAAUUUAGCAGCAGUAGCAAAUGCCAAGGAUACAUACAACAAAAAAAUGGAAGAGAUUUGUGGUGGUGACAAACCAUUUCUGGCCCCUAACGACCUGCAGACCAAACAUCUGGAGCUUAAGGAAGAGUCUGUGAAGCUAUUCCGAGGGGUGAAGAAGAUGGGUGGGGAGGAAUUUAGCCGGCGUUACCUGCAGCAGUUGGAGAAUGAAAUAGAUGAACUUUAUAUGCAGUAUAUCAAGCACAAUGAUAGCAAAAAUAUCUUCCAUGCAGCUCGUACUCCAGCCACACUGUUCGUUGUCAUUUUUAUCACAUAUGUGAUUGCUGGUGUGACUGGGUUCAUUGGUUUGGACAUCAUAGCUAGCCUAUGCAAUAUGAUAAUGGGACUGACCCUUAUCACCCUGUGCACCUGGGCGUACAUCCGGUACUCUGGAGAAUACCGAGAGCUGGGAGCUGUCAUAGACCAGGUGGCUGCAGCCUUGUGGGACCAGGCUUUAUACAAGCUUUACAGCGCAGCAGCAACCCACAGACAUCUGUAUCAUCAGGCUUUUCCUGCACCAAAGUCAGAAUCUCCUGAACAAUCAGAAAAGAAGAAAACUUAA